AUGCGCUUUGCCUUCUUUUCCAGCGCCUUCCUCUCUGGCCUAUUCUCGGGUGACCGCGAUGGCAAGCUGCUGGAUGCCGCGCAUCCCGACCGGCGCGCCGCGCUCGGCGGCGCGCUGCGCCUUGUGUCGGACCAGCAGCGCGGGCGCGGCGUCGACGAGGCCCUUGUCAUGGCGCCCUUUGACUUCGCUCCCCAGUGCGAGGUCAUGCUGCUGGUGGUCUCGGCGCCCGCUUCGCCCCUGAGACGCAGCGACCUGGCCUGCCCCAAGCAGCUGCGCUUCGUGGCGACCGCCAAAGAGAAAGGCGCCGCUGAGGAGGCCAAGGUGUUGGAUGUUGACCUGGCGCCAUUUGUGAUGACACCAGCCAAGCCGGGCACGGGGCCGCUCAGCAACGGCCACCAAUCCAUGCUGAUAUGCGCCGUGUACUCGACACCCUCUGGCUGGACCCUGAGCUUCGACUGCUCCACCUUUCCUGCCGACGGCUGGGGCGUGCUGCUGCCAGACCUGGAGCGCGGCCUGCGGCGCUGGCCGUUCCUCAGCGCCGCCGAGGCUGCGGCCGCUCGGCCAGUGGGGGAGGCGCUGGCGCCGAUGGUUUUCAGCAGGCGGGGCGCGGAUCGCAGCCUCGAGGAGCUGGUGCUUCAGGCCCAGGCGUCAGACACGGCUGCAGCACCCGCGGACGCAAACGCCGCACCAGCUGCCACGGGCGCGCCGCCAGCCCCAGCAGCUGCCGCGCAGCUGCCCGACAAGCUGGUGCUGGAGCUCGGCUGGGCUCUGCACCCGCCGCGCAAGGCUGGCAGCGGCGAUGACGGGGAGGAGGGGGAGGAGGAGGAGGACCCCGAGCUCGAGUUUUCUCUAGCCGCAUUUGACGUUAAGGGGCAGGAGCUGCUGGCGGUGUCGGCCGAGAGCCCCGAGGCCGAGGGCCUGGCGGUGGCGGACCCCGAGGAGCUCCUCGAGGAGGCGGCGGCUGCAGAGCAUCAAGAAGAGGGCGGCGACGAGGAGGGCCAGGGCGGCGAGGGGGAGGAGGAGGAUGAGGAGGCGGCCGAGGCGCGCAGGGCGGCGGCCGAGGCAAAGCGGGCGGAGGAGGAGGCGGAGCGGCGCGCGGCGGCGCUGCGGAAGCCGCACUACCCCGAGGCGUUCCCGAGGAAGCACAAGGUGACCGUCACGCUGGCCGAGCUCCCCAAAGCGGCCCGCACCCUGAUGCUCACGGUCAGCAACUUUGGCGGCGGCGGCCUCAAGCGCGUCGCCAGCCUGCAGGCGCGCCUGAUGCUGCCGGGGGGAGGCAAGGAGAGGGUGCUGCUGCACUGCAGGCUGAACAGUGCGGAGGGUGCGGACGGCAACCUAACGCAGGUCGUCAUGCUUAAGCUGUACCGCGAGCUGGCCGGCGGCGCGUUUGCAACCUGGGCCGCGUCUGGCGCACAAGACACCAGCGCGUUGGCGGCAUCCGGCGGCGCCAAGGACGCGCUGCUGGCUGUCCUUGCAGCCCGCAAGCAGCUGGUUACUGCUGCGGUUGCAGCCAAGACCAAGGCCGAGGAGGAGGGCGUCGAGGAGGACGAGGACGAGGUUGGCGGCGCUGACGAGGACGAUGACAUCAUAGCAGAGGCCGAAGCGGCGCCGGGCGGCGUCUGCGCGCGGGGCGCGCGCGUGCAGCGGCUGCGGCUGCGGCGCGGCGAGUGGCGGGCGCGCGCAGUGGUCGCGGCCGCGGGGGGCGAGCAGGCAGAUGAGACUCUGGUGGCCAACGCGCUGGGCUAUGAGGGAGGUGUGAACACUGAGGGUCUGCGCCAUGAUACAGUCGCCAAAGCCUUCUUUGCCAACGGGGACACCUACUUUGGCGGCUACUCGUCCGACGCCAAGGGCGGCCACGGCCUCUACGUCUUCGCCAGCGGAGCCGCCUAUCUCGGGGCCUACUGCGGCGGCAAGCGCGAGGGCCGCGGCCUCAUGGUGAUGCCUGAUGGCGGCUGGUACGACGGCGAGUGGGCAGCUGACCGCUUUGAGGGUCAGGGCAGCUACCAUUACCCGGACGGCAGCUUCUACACUGGCGCCUGGAAGGCCGGCAAGAAGCACGGCCAGGGCGCGUUUUGGGACACGGCGGGCGGCUGCCUGGCGGGCGGCUGGGAGCGGGGGGCGCUCAAGGGCGAGGGGCGGUAUGACCAGCCCAACUACCAUUUUGAGGGGCGCUUCGUCAAGAGUGUGCCUGCAGGCCCCUGCAGCUUCCAGCUGGCCGCCUUCCGCAGCGCCGACCUGCCGCCGGCCGCCACGGGCCACCUCGUCGCGGAGUACGGUCCCACCUUGCGCUGCCUGGGGGCAUACUCCAUCCCUGCAGGCUCAGGGACCGAGGCGGAGGCGGAGGGUGAGGAGGCGGCGGCAGCGGACGGCGAUGGGCAGCCGCAGCUGCCCGCGUUUCCAAAGUACGAGGGCCUGACCUUCCAGUCUGCAGAGGUGCUGCCCUGCAGUGCGCCAGACUUGGCCUUCCCACCGGCAGUGGUGUGCUAA